GGACAGCAAAGUUGUGCCGAGGGGGGUGUGAGGGGCUGUGCCGGACAGUGCCCCCCCAGAGCAGCCCCACAGCCUGACCCCCCGGCACCCCUCAGCCCCGGCGCAGGGACCCCCAAGAGCACCCCGGCCCGGCUCCGGUCACAGCCCUGCAGCCCCACGGCCGGGCAAACCGUCUGGGCAGCACCGGAGCCCCGGGAUAGGUGAUUCCCGGGGGCUGCAGAGCACUGCCAGCUCACGGCACGAGUGGGAGCUACGGGCUGGCACCGUGGCAUCUCCCGUAGGGGGGCCCUUUCCACAGCCACCCCGCCUCCACGAUGGUGUCGCCGGCGAUCGCCCUGGCCUUCCUCCCCUUCCUCGUCACCCUGCUGAUCCGCUACCGGCACUACUUGGUGCUGCUGUACCGGGCGGUGCUGGUGAGCUGGCUGCGGGACCGGCUCACCGGCGUCCCGCGGGAGCAGCGCGCCUUCCAGUACCUGCUGGCGCACGCCAUCCCCGGGGACCCCCGGCACGUGCUGCAGACCUUCGACCAGUGGUGCUACCACUGCGAGCACCUCAGCAGCGUGGGGCCCGUCAAAGGGAGGAUCGUGGAGCGGCUGCUGUACGAGCGGGCGCCGCGGCGAGUGCUGGAGCUGGGCACCUACUGUGGCUACGGCACGGUGCUGCUGGCCCAGGGGCUGCCCCCCGGCGCCCGCCUCUACACUGUGGAGGUGGACCCCCGGCACGCCGCCGUGGCCGAGAAGGUCAUCCGCCUGGCCGGCUUCGACGAGCAGACGGUGGAGCUGAUCGUGGGCCCCUCGGAGGAGGUGAUCCCCCGGCUGAGGGAGAAGCACGGCCUGCUGAAGGCCGACUUCGUCUUCAUGGACCACUGGAAGCGCUGCUACCUGCGGGACCUGCAGCUGCUGGAGACCCACCAGCUGCUGGCCGAGGGGGCCACCGUCCUGGCCGACAACGUCCUCUUCCCCGGGGCGCCCCACUUCCUGCAGUACGCCAAAACCUGCGGCAAAUACCGCUGCAAGGUACACCGCGCCAGCCUGGAGUACUUCCGCGCCAUCCCCGACGGCGUCGCCGAGCUCUGCUACACCGGUAACCGCUGAGGUGGGCGGGAGCUCUCACCCAGUGACCGCGGUCACCACCGUCUCCCCGGCUAACCGCGCUCUGCCAUAAAUACGGGCUCCGGAGGAAAGGCGGUGGCUGCUGUGGUCUGUGGUGGGGUGCGGCGGUGGGAA